UAAGCCGCUUCACAACACUAGAAUCUGUGGCGCUUUGGCACUUGAUAGCACCCAACUUCACUUUGUCUAACACCACUUCCUUUCUAUUUCGUGAUUCAAAAACGUUCCUUCCCAAUUUAAAGAAUGUUGUGCAACUUUAAUCUGCAGGCCAAGGUCGUGUUGCAGCCCCUGGUUCUGUUCCAGAUCAUCGACUCCUACGAUCGCCGCCCAAAGGAUGCCACACAGAUCAUCGGCACCCUGCUUGGUCGCUCUUAUGGCAGGGAGGGUCAUCGGAACUAUGAGAUCACUAUCACCAACUGUUUCACGGUGCUGCACAAGGAGCACCCGGACAGCGCACGCAUCGACCUGGACUUGGGCUACGCCAACGACAUGCUGGAGCUUAACCAACUGACCUAUCCUCAGGAAAAAGUGCUGGGAUGGUUCUCCACAGGCAAGUCUGUGUCGCGGUCGGCACUUCUGCUCCACGACUACUACUCCAGGGAGUGCAGCGAUGGGCAGCCACUGCACCUGCUGGUGGAUGCCACCCUCAAGGGGCAGAGGCUGUCGACGCGCCUUUACUGCGCCGUGGAGAUGGGCGUGCCCGGGGGCACAAAGGGCCUCAUGUUCUCCUUACUCCCACUCGAGAUGGCCAGCGACAGCCCCGAAAUGGUGGCUUUGCGCCUGAUGCAGAAACAAAACCUGCAGCCUGGUCCUAAGCAGGUGGGUCGCAUUCUGCCCGAGCUGGUACAGGUGGUGGAGGCCACGCGGGAGCUGCAACUGCGCCUGGACUUGGUGCUGCGCUACAUCAACGAUGUGCUGGCCAGAAAACGGAGGCCGGACAAUGUGGUGGGCCGGGCCCUGCACGACACGCUUACCUCCGUGCCCUUGGUGGAUGCGGACAACUUCAAGCUUAUGUUCAGCGCCAGCGUGCGCGACAUGCUGAUGGCCAUCACUCUUUCCACGAUGAUCAAGACCGAGUUGCAGAUUAGCGAGAAGCUUUUUGGCAUGCCUGAACCUUAGAACCCUUAAGACACUCACUAUAUGUAACCUUUAAUCAAUAAGAUUAGCAUUCCCGGUCAUUCCUGGACCAGGUUACCCGCGUUAUCAACUGUUUCCGAGGGCAAGUAAAUAAUCCACCGAUGUCUAGCGCAGAAGCGGGCUUAUCAGCUCCAGCUGAUCACUUUCUUUUCUAAAUAGGCUGCAUUUUCUAGACUCUUCCAUGUAGCCCAUAUAAAAUAUAAUUAGAAAUACGAACUA